CUCAUGGAAAGCAUUGAAUGCGUGACGUGGGAACUGCAUGUCCCGAUUAAUUGUUGUGGUGGAUGCAAGAAGCAAGUGAAACGGAAGUUGCUCUCAAUCAAAGGAGUUCAUGAUGUGACACUGAACCCUGAAAUAGACAAGGUAAGUGUGACAGGAAAUGUGCGCCUCGACUCCCUCAUCAAGGGUCUCAAUAAGAUAAAAAAGCAAGCCAAGCACUGGCCUGAACGUAGAGCUGAAUAUCCGGUGACCGAACCAGCUAUCGCGUACACAAAAAAUGGGGAGUCUGAAUAUGCUCUCCCAGAAGCCACGAAGGAGCUCUCUGUAUCUUCCCUGCUCAGCGAAGCGGCAAAGGGCCUGAGUUCUGCAGUUGGCAGCUUUCUUGGGCUGCAAAUCCGAGGGAGCAAGAACAGGGACACACGCUUCGAACUAUCCCCGGAAGGAGGAACGAAGGUCUCUGCACAAUCGGAGCGCGUCGACCUCGAAUUCAACUUCUUGGCCGCCGGCGGGAAGAUCAGCUACCAGAAGGAUGUCUCUUACAAAUAGUUGCAGCAGCAGCAACAAUGGCAGGUAGCAAUUGUUGUCAGGAGAAAAUGCCAAUGUUCAAGUGGGGUGCUAAAUUUCGUGUUGCCAAGACCAGAAAUUGAUUGGUCGACGGCAUAAUCGCCUGAAUUUUUUGUGAUCAAGUGGAUUGAUUUUGGGGGAAGGAGAUGAUGCAAGUACUGUAAUUU